UUCGCCAGCAAAGCACGCGUUGACGCUUGGAUGUGUCUCUCACUCACUCUAUCAUUAGCUAGCAAUUGCGUACGGGCAUCGAAUCGCUGUGUGCAGUAACCUCGUCAAUGUGUCGCUAAUAAUUGUUUUGUGGUACAGCAUUUGGUGAUUUGUGCGUAAAUCAAGAAAAAGGAAGAUUGGCACACGUUAUCUGGCGCGUAUUUGUGCGUAUUUCACAGCAAAUCUGGUUGAUCCCCACCAUUCUCUCAAAAGUCUACUGCAAGUGAAGAUAGCGGUUGUGGUGUUGUUUACCUUGGCUCAUCGGCAGUGUUUGCUGCAGAAGCGAAGAACACAAAAACAACUGGUCGCAUCGACUGGUGGACUGCUCUGCCCGAAAUAGUGCCCUUACCGUGGGAGACGCGUAAACGUGCAGGGCAAUUUUUAUCCAAGGUACGGCACACUAAACCGUUCUAAACAAGUCUAGAAAACCUGCGACACUACACAAAGAGUGCGAUACAAGGCGGUGGUGGUGCGUAGUGGAAUUCUGUAAUAACAAAAACAAAACCAUCAGUAAACCGCGUGUGCGUGUGUGUGUCGACGUAAAGGGAAAGAGCGUGCGUACCUCGUGGCCAAGUGGUGGAAAAUUAGUGCCAAAGGUGGGUUUGUCCGCCCGUUGUGCCCAGUGUUGGUGGUGUGUUUUUGUGCACUAAAGCAGAGAAAGCAGUGCAAAGUUGUGUACUAGUGCCGAGUGUGCGUUCGCAAAGUGUCAAACGUGGCUGUCAAAAGCGUUCGAGCAAGUCAUCUAAGUAGCCAGGGUGCUAGCUAUUGCCGCGAUUAAAGUGGAAAAUUUUCAUCUCGUGAUCAAUCAAGGCAAGCGAGCGAGCGAGAAAGAGAGCGCAAAAAAAGAGCGAGAUAGUCCUGCGCUGUUGUUGUUAAUUCUGUUGCUUGAAAUAGAAAUUGUAUCGCGGGCAAGUAGAGUAUAUCGCUCGAAUAAAAAAAAGAAGGUGCUGUCUUUAUGUUCUGUUGGUGAUAUUCCCUGUUCUUCGUGUACACCGUGCUAAAGGGCGCCUCGUAAUCGGAAAUUGGUGUGAAAGCAAGAGCUGGUUUUGUUCGGUGCUGUACGGUGUGCACGAGUUGGCCAACGCUAGUUAGCUACCGUGACCCGUAUGAUUUAUACAAGUGUCCUUGCCGCAGUGGUCACCGUUGCGGUAGGUCGUCGUUCCAUCAACCUGCCAGGAGCAGCAUACUUACUAUACCCGUAGAAAGGCACGUCACAUCCGGCUAGUGCACGGUACAAGUUAAAUUCCUGCCGUUGAUUUUCCUACGAUCAGAACAAACAAGCUGACAGACACUGGUGGUUAGAGUGCGUUUGACGCGGGCCAGCAGCCAGCACGUAGGAUAGCAGGAAUCUGCCACAUUCGUUGGUCCACCAUCGAAAAGGGCGCGGGUUUUCAGUCUCUCGUAACCGUGGAAGCCGUACAGGACGGUGCGGACGGAGGGGGAGCGUCGGCUCUCACGAUGAGCUUGAAGAAGGCUAGCCGUACCAAGAGUCUGUCGUUGAGUGGAGAUGACUUUCCGCUGCGCCCAGUCGCCGGGACCGGAAAUGUCACGGGCAAACCGAAGGCCGCCUUCAGCACGGUGAAGCGGCCAGAGGAUACGCUCAAGAUAAUGAAGUACAUCGAUGAUAACGUGAUCGGGAAAGGUGUCGCAUUUCUGGGACCGUACGGGCGUCGUAAAGUGGUAUAUGCCGAUUACGCCUCGUCUGGACGUUCGUUGCAGUUUUUAGAAGAUUACAUUAAUAAGGAAGUUUUGCCGGCAUUUGGUGAUAUCAGCUGCAUAUCAGCCGUUACGGGCCUGCAGUCACAUUUAUAUGACAAUGAAGCCAGAGACCUGGUGCGGGCAGCCGUCGGUGCCAAUGGAGAAGAUGAGAUCGUUUUCUGUGAUAAUCCCGCCGAACGUUUGUGCUAUCUGCUGUCGAAUCCGAACGUGUGCGACCUCAGCACCUCCCAGUUCCACAAUAAUUCUCACAGUGCCAUAAGCAACAUUUCCUUCGGCGCUUUGCACCAACAAUCGCUACAGCUAGGCACCACAAUUCGGCACAAUAGUUUUUCCAAUACUUCCACCCUGUCGGACAGCGUGGUAGAUGUUAGCCAGUCCAACCAGAGCCUGUCUGCAGCGCCUCCAAUUUUGUUCGUCAGUACCUCGGAACCGGUGUCUAACCUUCGCUCAUGGAUCGAUGCGGGUUGGCAGAUCGAGCGCAUAAUAAAAAAUCACGAAGGAUUCCUGGAUUUGGUCGAUUUGGAGAAAAGGUUGCAGCACUACGCCGAAUCGCGGCGCAAGAUGGUGGGCCUGUUUUCCGGUGCGUCCCGACUGACGGGCAUUCUGGCGGAUGACGUUGCUACCACGAUUCUGCUGCACCAGUACGACGCACUCUCGAUAUGGGACCACUCGAUGGCCGCAUCGUGUGCACCGAUCUGCACCAACCCCAUACUGCCCGGUGCACAGAAGGACGCCAUAUUUUUCCACUGCAAUCGGCUGGUCGGUGGUGUGCAGGCGCCGGGCGUGCUAGUCAUUAAGCGUAGGCUAAUCGAACACAGUACCUCCUUCCUGACGGACUCGGUCGGGGUGGUCGGUGCCGUACGAGCGGGACUCGUGCUGCAGCUGAAGGAGUCGCUCGGUUCGCAGGCGAUCAUGGGCCGCAUGGAGAAAACGUGCAAGCAGAUGCUGGCCCACGUGCGCACCAUUCCGGAGAUUGCCCUGCUCGGCCCACCGUGCACAACGGCCAAGCGUCUCACCACGCUUUGCUUCAUGGUGCGGCAUCCGCGGGGCGCCUUCCUGCACCACCGGUUCGUGGUGGCUGUGCUGAACGAUGUGUUCGGUAUACAGGCCACGGCCGAUAAUAUGGUCGGCGAUUCGCUCGGAAUCAAUCCGCAGCUGAUGGUAGAGUAUGAGAAGCUGCUGAACGAUGAAUCGUUGCGGGCGGGCUGUCUGCAUCCGGGCUACACGCGUAUCACCUUUCCAUUCUUCAUGCCAGAAGCGGAAGUGGCCUUCAUACUGGAAGCACUCAAGAUGGUAGCUACCGAGGCCUGGAAGCUGCUACCUCAGUACGAAGUGGACGAACGUUCCGGCGAAUGGCGGCACCAUUCGAACUCGCUGGCAAAGGAACGCAAGUGGCUGGGCGCCAUCCGUUACAUCGAUGGCAAAAUGUUGUUCUCCGAUCGGCGCAUUUCUGGUCCGGGCUCAUUCCCGCAGAACUAUUCGGACUGUUUGCAGACGGCGCGGAAUCUCUUCAAUCGCGCGCGUAAAAUGGCUCAACGGUCCACCACGGAGGAAAUCGUACUGAAGCUGCCGAAUGUGGCAAUGGAGAAGCUCCGCUGGUACAUGCUAUCCGGGGAAGCGCACGAACUGUUGCUGGGCCACUCGCAUAAUGUAAAAAAUACAGUACCCUUCGAUCCUACUAGAAUACCUGAGAACUCGUCGCUAAUGUUGAUACAUCGCCACCACAGCCUGUCGGCGUUGGACAUCAAACGGUUCAAGAGUCGCAGUUUGCCAGCCUCGCCGCUGCAGAUAUCGAACCGACGGCAGAACUCAUCCUCCCCGUGCCAAUCGCACAGUCCCACACCGACCUCGUCGCCGCCGAUGGUGAGAUUUUCGGUCGGCGGUGAAGUCACGACCCUGCUCAAUCCUGCCCCGAUGGCAACGGGUCACGUCAGUAGCUCGGCCGGCAUUAUUGCCGCUGGUGGUCCGAUCGGACGCGACAUGAACGUCAGCCGUAACAGAUGUCACAGUUGGGGAGCCGCCAGCUAUCGCACCCACAUCGGCCCUAGCCUUGCCGCACGGAAUGUGACCAACGUACAGGAGGCUCAGGAUAACAGUACGGCCGACCGGCAUGACACCAGUUCGAUCUCUCUGCACACACUCGGACCUCAAACGCGUGCGAGCCUGGGGCUGGUGGAAGCGCAGCCCCAUCUGCCAUUCGCCGCCGUACAGCAACGCGCCUACCAAACGCAACAGUCAGUGCCGGCACCGGCACAGCAACGGACACCGUUGCGCCGUCCACUGUCGGUGGCCGCUACAGCGCCGAUUCCACUGCCCAUGAUGAUGACGGCUCGGCUUCCGAAGCAGCGAUCCUGCUCGUGCAGCAGCCAGACGGACGUGAGCCUGCAGCGCAACGAAAGUCCACCGCAGCCGGGCACGGCAUCGCCGACACCGAGCCUCCCUAAUCUACGGUCGCUUAUGGGAAGUAGCUGCAGUGAAAGCACGGAAGAUAUCCAGGCGUACGUGAAGGAGAUGACGAAGGAGUUGGCCACCGAGAUCAAGUCCGAGAUACGGGAGGUGAUCAGCAAGGUCGAGGACGUCCUCGAAAGCACCGACAGCAUCGAGAUGAGCAGCUUGGUGAACUUUAAUUCGCUCGGACAGUUAAGCCAUCCACCGGUGGAAAACAAGCGCGAUUCCAUAUCAACCAGCGACGUGGUCGACUAUCUGCGCGAGUUCAGCAAAGAGAUGACGAACGAGGUGAAGUCGGAGAUACGGGACGUGGUGAACGCGGUGGAUGAAAUCAUUUCGCCCGAAGGAUUUCUCGGCACGCGCAAAAACUCACCCCCCGACAUACUGCGCAACAACAGCGGGGCCAGCGGUGGAAACCAUCCGCCCCACGGCAACACCGCUGCUGGAGGACACAAACUCUUGAUCAAACAACGGUACAGCGAUAUAGCGCCGGACGCCAACAUCCAUCGGCCCCGGUCGGCCGACAACGAUCACAGCAAGCACCGGUCGGAAUCGUUCCCGAGACCAAGCUCGGCGGCCAGCCCGGAACGCAUGGGCAUGAUGGGACCGCCGCUACACUACGUCAGCGCAAUAGCCAAAAGCUUCGAUCCACGGUCGUCCACCAUGUCCUCGCAGGAUUCGGGUAUCAAUAUGAACUUUUGCGACGCAGCGGACGAGAGUCACCGUGUCCGGGUGUGCAGAACGGGGACCGCCAGCGAUAGAAUACGCACAGUGUCUGCCGAUGUGGACAGUUCCAGCAAACCCACCAUCCCACCACGUCGACUCAUAUCGGAACCGUCCGGUGGAUCGAUCCGGGAAACAUCAUCACCGUCCGGUACGGACGUGAGCACCACUACUGCUCAGCUGGAGGACGGUAACACAGCGGGCAAGAGUCCACUUACCCGCCAGCAGCACGUGCUCAACCGUACACCGUCGGGAGAGGCUGGACCGAUCGUACAGUCGCCGUGUGUAACAUCGGUCACCGGUGGUGGCACCGCCGUCCACACCAUCCAGUGGCACCAGAUGCCGAAGGAAGUCUGGAAGCAGGCAGCUGAGGCACUAGACGAACACCAAAUGCUGCAGGAAGGGGACCGUGUGCUGGUGUGUCUGUCGGGCAGCAGCUCUUCCAUGUGCUUGCUCCAUCUGCUGCAUCAGUUUUGUCAAACGCGUCAGCUAAAGAUUGAGCUGGCCGCUGUUACGGUGGGCGCUGGGGGGGACUGUGAAGUUGACCCGCGCACACUGAUGCUGUACCUGAAGGAGCUCGGUGUGACGUACUUCUACGAACCGCAAGCAGCCACAAACGAGUCGCUAAGCGAUCAGCUCAUGCGUCACGCACGAACCCGGCAGUACAAUGUGUUGGCUAUGGCCAGCACGCUGGACAAGCUGGCUGAUCGAUUCCUUUCGUCCUUGUUUUACCGGGGUGAGCUUUGUGCACUGCAGGCCGUACAGCGUUCCGACGCAGCGUCCAGUUCCCUCGGGGGAGAUGAUGUACGGAUUAUCCGGCCGUUGCUGUUUCUGCGGGAAAAGACAUUCGCCGAGUUUGCCGUCGCCCAGGGAAUACCGAGCCGUACCGCGUGCCUCGUUUCGCGUCCUGACGGUGCGGACACUUUAAGAGAGUUGCUGCACAAACAGGAGCUGGUCAAUCCGCUCGUAUACCACAACAUUCGGAAUGCUCUAAGGCCGAUCGUUUCUUUACGAACUGAAGCCUCCAAGUCGGCGUACGAAAUGCUUCGUUCGUCGUUAAACACACGCGAGUAAUUGUAGUAGAUUGGUAAAGUUUCGUCAGCAGCUGCAUAGCAGUAAGGGAAAACGACAGGGAACAAGUAAUUUAUCCAGUACCAAGUCACUAUUAUGCUGUAAUUGUUAGAAUGUAAGAAGUGUAGAGUUGAAAAUAAAAUAAAAGACAUGAAAGUGUCUCAAAAGUUGGGCAAUACACUGAA